AUGGGUGCCGAUACGGUUGACUACAACAAACCUGCGUACAUCCUAACAUCCCGAUACGAAUGGGAUAUCUGGUAUAAUUAUAUUCGGAGCGAGGCUCAGGCAAGGAAGAUAUGGGAUUUCAUUGAUCCUGAUCAAGCGGUAAUCCUUAACAAACCUGAGGACGUUGCGCUCCAACGGUAUCGACCUAUUCCGGUACCAUCGUCGGUAUCGAUAUCAGAAGAAACACCAACGGAAGGCGGCCCUUCUAGCAAUACUAGGGCAGCUUCGGCGUCAAGGGCAAUAUCUACAGCAACGCGAAGCUAUUCGCAGCUAGACCAACAGCCAGAAGACCCGAACAAUUUUUUCAAACGGAGACAAGUCCCAGACGGCCUAGGCCUUAAUGAAUGGGUUACUUACGUCAAUGCUUUAUCAAGGAAUGACCGGCACGAUUAUACCGAGCUAGAACGGGCCCUUUCUAAAUAUAUAGAGUGGUUCAAUACGACCCUCGGCCCGGAAUUCCAGCAGAUAACGGCGAUGAGGUCGAUGAUAAGGGAUAAAUUACGCAUACUUGUUGAGCGGGUACAGCCGGUAAAGACCGCUAUUACUGAGCAUAUUAUACAGCGAUUCCUUCAGGUCAUGGAACGGAAUCUCAACAAAUAUAACGUUUUAGAAUGGCUUAGUGAAGUGUUGACUAUUUACGACCGACUGGAACAAAAUAGCUCGAUCCUCCUAGCCGGGAAUGAGCCUGCUAAUAUAUUAGCGAAAGCCCUCUCUCAGAAGUAUCCUAGCAUCCAGGAUGAUAUCGAUCGGGAAAUUAUCAGAGCCGAAAAACUAGGGCAAUAUAUUGACUUUCGUGAGAUUAUCAAAGAUGCAAGGCAGCAGGUAGAGCUUCAAGAAAAAAGGAAUAUCAAUAAUAAAGGGAAGCAUACCGCAUUUGCCGUUAAAGGAAAGCCUUCGUUGAAGGCCGCCGCCGGCCCUGGUGAUAAUACCGGUACAGCCUCAGCUUCAGCUUUAAAGGAACCAUCGUCAGAAUUAAAGCCCUGCAAAUACUGUGAGCUAUCACAUAUAAAGAAGAAGGGUGCGCAUUAUAAGAGCUGUUGGGCUCUUACUCCUUCUCUAGCGCCCGAAAAGUUCCGCUUAAAGAUUCGGAAGGAAACCAAGAAGGCCGCAAUAGAAAAGAUGAAGCAGGAAAGCAAGGAAGUGCAAGCUGCAUUCAAGGCCUUCCAGGACCAGCAAAAGGAGGAUGACGACGAUGAUAAUAAUAACUCGACUAAAUCAAAGGGAAAGGAAAAGGAUAAGCGCGCCUAUACCGCAGAGGCCUUUUCCGCAGGAUCCUUUUCUAACGAGUCUCCUACUUCACGGGCUUGUAUCAUCGUUAAUAGUGGUGCAACGGCACAUAUAUUCAACGACGAAAAGUGGUUUCUGCACAUCGAUGAUGCUAUCGAUCAGCAUAUUCGAGGUAUAUCGGGCACUACUAAGGUCCAAGGUGUUGGAACCGUUCGAAUCGUGCUGGAAGAUGGACAAAUCGUCACUUUUGCCGACGUUCUAUACGUUCCAGGGAUAUUCGUCAAUAUUCUUUCCGAAUUAUUGAUGAAGAAGAAAGGAUUGUAUUGGAACACCGAGACUGAUAGAAUUUACCACAGGCAAGGAAAAAAGCAAGAAAAUAUCUUUCAGAUCCGCCGAAUCGAAGAGAAACCCUGCAUUUUGUAUCAGGCAGGCGGAAACGAUGUGCCUGUGAGCGAAUUUCUCACGAGGGCUCGGAAUUUCGAAGAACCUGAUGAAUAG